GAAGGAUCGAAAGAAACCGAUUGAAAAGGGGCCUGCGAGAGACGCGGAAGACGGAGGAAGGCCAACCUCUCUUGAACGCGACACGACGAAAAUUUCGAUGGAGAAACACGUGACCGAUAAAAAGGAUAGCACCGAUAUCGACGUGGCUCGAUCCUCUUACGUAAUCGAUCAAUCGUCCAGUUUCACCUCGGUGCAGGACGUUCGCGACGCGGUGGAGGAGCGUGUCAUCGGCGAAUUCACGAGGGACACGCGUAAGGACGUGAGAGAUGUCAUCGAGAAGUCGACGAGCGAGUUCAUCGACAAAGAGCAGGUGACUAGCAUGGUGGCGCGGGAUGUCGUCGACGACAUCAGGUACGACGGAUUCGCCACCUCCACUCCGCGAAAGGAAUCGCCAGAGCGGCCCGGCUACCCCCGCGGAAUCCCCGGAUUGCGGGAAGAGAAACCGAUCCCAGCCGCUGGAAAACCGAGCCGACCACCAUCGCAACAGAGGGAACGGAGCCCCGUGGUCAGACGUAGCGACUCGAGGCCACAGUCGCCACAGAGCAAACCUCGGGACUAUGUCUCGCCGACGAGGAAACCGACGCGAGGCGACGAGGGGCCGACCGAGAAGCCGAGGAGAGGAGAUCAGACGCCCGAUUCCCUCGAGGAGGACGACGCCCGCCAACUACCGGUCAAACUGCCCGACAUAUUGUCCAAGAUACCCCUGAAGGAGCAAUGCAUAUGCGAGCUCUGCACCUGUGGACGACACCGUUGUCCCCACAACCUGGUCGCCCAGGAGCACCUGGAAAUCCCACGGGACGAGCCGGUCCACGCGGUCACUUCUUACCGGGAGGAAUUCGACGAGAAACGCGUGGACAGGCAGACGGUGUACCACCACGAGGACCACCUUCGAAUGGAGGGGGAUUUCGUGGGGGAGAGGCGGACGGAUUACGUGGCGACGAGGGGCGAGAGGGCGCCGGUGAGGAGGCCGCAGGACAACCUGAGGCCGGAGGGGGAGUUCGUCGGCAGACCGAAGGAGGAGGCGCCCAAGAAGGGGGACAGGGCGGCCGUGANCAGGCCGAGGGAUAAUCUCAGGCCCGAAGGGGAAUUCGACAGUGAGAUAUUUUCCUUCUCUCGAAAAAAUCAAGAAAAAUCCUUUCUCACUUUCUCCUCCUUCCUUUCUCUCGCUCGAGAAGGUACGACUACCACGGAGCUGGUGUUCACCGGUACCCCCGGCGAACGGCCCAGCCCAAUACGUCGCAACACUUACACCAAGGUCGAGGGGGAAUUCGUCGACUCGACCACCACGAGGUCGGAAUACGUGGACCAUCGAACGGUGCAACGGGCUGAGAUCGUGAAGCGUGCGGACAACCUCACGGUGGGAGAGGGUGAAUUCACGGGUACCUCUCGUCUCAAGGAGGAUUUCCACACGUACGACGUGGUCGAGAGAGAGCCGAGGAGGCGGCUCACUUAUACCGAGGAGGAGGAGGAUCGCUUUUACGGGAGGACGGACGUGUUGGAAAGCAGCACCACGACGCAGGAGGAGUAUCGAAGUUUCGAUCGCACCGAUUACAGAAGCACCGCCGUGAUCAGACGGGACGAUAAUUUGAAGCCGGAAGGACCGUUCGAAGGCGUGCCGCACACGAAACAAGACUACGUAGUGCCGCCGAUUACCAAGAGACCCGAGCCUCAGAAGCCUAAGGAUAAUUUGAGACCGGAAGGACCCUUCGAGGGAAGGCCCAAAGACGAUUACAAGCCUACUAGAGGUGAACGGCCGGAAGUAAAGAGACCAGAGGACAAUUUGAGACCUGAAGGACCGUUCGAAGGUCGUCCAAAGGAUGACUACAGGCCAACCAGAGGAGAAAGGGCUGAUGUGAAGAGGCCUGAAGAUAACUUGAGACCGGAAGGUCCUUUCGAAGGUCGUCCAAAAGAUGAUUACAGGCCAACCAGAGGGGAAAGGGCUGAUGUGAAGAGACCAGAAGAUAACUUGAGACCGGAAGGUCCUUUCGAAGGUCGUCCAAAGGAUGACUAUAAGCCAACUAAAGGGGAAAGGGCUGAUGUGAAGAGGCCUGAAGAUAACUUGAGACCGGAAGGACCGUUCGAGGGUCGGCCUAAGGACGAUUACAAGCCGAAAAUUGCGGAACGGCCAGAAGUAAGGAAACCACAGGACAAUUUGAAACCGGAAGGACCGUUUGAAGGUCGACCAAAGGACGAUUUUUCACCGAAACGAGGAGAAAGGCCGGAAGUAAAGAGACCUGAAGACAACUUGAGACCGGAAGGACCGUUCGAGGGACGUCCAAAGGACGACUAUAAACCGACCAGAGGAGAAAGAGCCGAUGUGAAGAGGCCUGAAGACAAUUUAAGACCGGAAGGUCCCUUCGAAGGCCGUCCAAAGGACGAUUUUUCACCGAAACGAGGAGAAAGGCCGGAAGUAAAGAGACCUGAAGACAACUUCAGACCGGAAGGACCGUUCGAGGGACGUCCAAAGGACGACUAUAAACCGACCAGAGGAGAAAGAGCCGAUGCGAAGAGGCCUGAAGACAAUUUAAGACCGGAAGGCCCCUUCGAAGGACGUCCAAAGGACGACUAUAAACCGACCAGAGGAGAAAGAGCCGAUGCGAAGAGGCCUGAAGACAAUUUAAGACCGGAAGGCCCCUUCGAAGGACGUCCAAAGGACGACUAUAAACCGACCAGAGGAGAAAGAGCCGAUGCGAAGAGGCCUGAAGACAAUUUAAGACCGGAAGGCCCCUUCGAAGGACGUCCAAAGGACGACUAUAAACCGACCAGAGGAGAAAGAGCCGAUGCGAAGAGGCCUGAAGACAAUUUAAGACCGGAAGGCCCCUUCGAAGGACGUCCAAAGGACGACUAUAAACCGACCAGAGGAGAAAGAGCCGAUGCGAAGAGGCCUGAAGACAAUUUAAGACCGGAAGGCCCCUUCGAAGGACGUCCAAAGGACGACUAUAAACCAACCAGAGGAGAAAGGGCCGAUGUAAAACGUCCGGAGGAUAAUCUAAGACCGGAAGGACCCUUCGAAGGACGUCCAAAGGACGAUUUCACCCCGAAAACUGCCGAACGGCCGGAAGUGAAGCGGCCACGAGACAAUCUCCGACCCGAGGGAGAAUUCGAAGACCGGCCUAGGGGCGAGUACACCCCUGCCGAGAAACGUACGCCGAUUAGACACCCGGAUAACUUGUACCCCGAAGGGGAAUUCGAGAGACCGUUCCAUGCUCCUUACGGUCCUGGCGAGAGGGCGCCGAUCGUGCGACAUCCGGACAAUCUGUUCCCCGAAGGAGAGUUCGCCGAUAGGCAACGCUUCCCGUUCACGCCCGCAGAACGUAGAACACCUAUUAAACACGAUGACAAUAUUCGUCCCGAGGGACCCUUCGAAGGAAGGCCCAAGGACGAUUUCUCACCGAAGACAGCCGAACGUCCUGAAGUCAAGAAGCCUCAAGAUAAUCUAAGACCGGAAGGACCCUUCGAAGGAAGGCCCAAGGACGAUUUCUCACCGAAGACAGCCGAACGUCCUGAAGUCAAGAAGCCUCAAGAUAAUCUAAGACCGGAAGGACCCUUCGAAGGACGUCCAAAGGACGACUAUAAACCAACCAGAGGAGAAAGGGCCGAUGUAAAACGUCCAGAGGAUAAUCUAAGACCGGAAGGACCCUUCGAAGGAAGGCCUAAAGAUGACUUUUCACCGAAGACAGCCGAACGUCCUGAAGUCAAGAAGCCUCAGGAUAAUUUGAGACCGGAAGGACCCUUCGAAGGAAGGCCUAAAGAUGACUUUUCACCGAAGACAGCCGAACGUCCUGAAGUCAAGAAGCCUCAGGAUAAUUUGAGACCGGAAGGUCCCUUCGAAGGAAGGCCUAAAGACGAUUACAAGCCAACCAGAGGAGAAAGGGCCGAUGUAAAACGUCCAGAGGAUAACCUAAGACCGGAAGGAGACCCUUCGAAGGCCGACCAAAAGACGACUACAAACCAACAAAAGGAGAACNAGACUUAUCGGUCGAGGGACGAGUACGCCGACUUCCUGAUCCGCGAGAGGACCGAGGUGACCAAGUACAGGGACAAUUUGAAGAUGGAGGGCGAGUUUAUCGACGUUAGAACCAGGGACGAUUUCAAGGUUGUGAGAGGGGAGCGCGUGGACGUGGUGCGGCAUCCAGACAACCUGAGACCGGAGGGUCCCUUCGAGGCCCGCCCCAAGGACGACUAUUCACCCCCGAAGAAGGUGGACAGGCCGGAAGCGAAGAGGCCGGAGGAUAAUCUGAAGCCGGAGGGAGAUUUCGUCGGCAGGCCGAGGGAGGAGGCGCCGAAACACGGAGAACGCGCGCCGAUCAAGAAGCCUCGGGAUAAUUUAAGACCCGAGGGUGAGUUCGAGAGACCCGAGAGGAAACCUGUGAGCCCUGCCGAAAGAAGAACCCCCAUAAAACACGCGGAUAAAUUUCAAAUUCCAGAAAAGAAACCCGUGAGCCCUGCCGAACGAAGAACCCCCAUAAAACACGCUGACAAUUUGAAACCAGAAGGUGAAUUUGAAAGACCGAAACCUGAAGAGUUCAAACCGGCCGAGAAACCGAUCGUGAAGAAACCUAAAGAUAAUAUUUAUCCAGAAGGAGAGUUCGAGGUCCCUGAAAAGAAACCCGUGAGCCCUGCCGAAAGAAGAACCCCCAUAAAACACGCGGAUAACUUGAAACCGGAAGGCGAGUUCGCCACUCGUCCAAAGGAGGAAGCUCCACGAAGGGGCGAAAGAGCGGACAUCAAGAAACCCAAGGACAAUCUCUACCCCGAGGGUGAGUUCGAAGUUCCCAAAAAGAAACCCGUCGGCCCUGCCGAAAGAAGAACCCCCAUAAAACACGCGGACAACUUGAAACCGGAAGGCGAGUUCGAGAGACCGAAAGCUGAAGAGUUGAAACCGGGCGAGAAACCUAUCGCGAAGAAACCCAGGGACAACUUGAAACCGGAGGGCGAGUUCGUGGGCCGUCCUCGGGAAGAAACGCCGACGAGGGGGGAGCGGGCGGAGGUGAGGAGGCCGGAGGACAACUUGAAGCCGGAGGGCGAGUUCGAGCGGCCUCGGCCCCGGCGGAUCGGUCCGGCCGAGAGGAGGACGCCGAUCAAGCACCCCGACAAC